UUUUUUUUUGAAGAAAAAGGCUUGAUACAUUUAUUCUCUAAGAGCUUUUUGAUUAUGAAAAGCAAAGAUUAUAAUUCUAGUGUAUAUAAUAACGACCCAGUUCUAUCCAAGUCAUUAACUAUACAAAAGGACACUAAUCAAACGUUAAUGAAAGAUAAUCGAGGAGUGCCUAUUAUCCAAAGUACACCUAAUGCUAAAUUUAAAGUCUCUUCUAUUAGCUCACUUCAUAGAUCUAAGACUAUUAACAUUGAUAACGACCAUGAAAUUCACGACGAAAUUCAACUUUGUAAAAUUCGGAAUAAUAAUAAUAAUAAUUAUAAUGUGAACAUGUUAAUUCAAAACCCAAUUGCACAAAAUCAGGUUUUAGCAACACAUCAUCAGUCAUCACACAUGAAUUCAUCUAGAUUUUUUUCUGAAUCAUGGCAAGAUGCUUCAACUGAACCUCUAUUCCCUGAUUCUCCUAUGCCUGUUUCUCAAAAUUAUAUUCCAAUAAUAAACAGAAAAAAGAAGGAAUCUGAGCUAUCUUAUUCAAAAAGCUUGAAUAUCUCACCUUCAAGAGAGGAACAACAACCUAUUCUGCAACCAACCCCGCAAUCAGAGCAAAACCUUACACCUAUUCAGAUAAUAAAAAACAACAACUUAUUAAAGAGAAAAGAAUUUAUUAGAAAUAACGAUGAAAUUAGUAAUGCUGAAAUAACUAAAAGAAAAAGAUAUGCAACCAAUGAAGCUAUGAAUUCGUUUAGUUCAAAACUAUUAACCAUUUCACCUCAAAGAGAAACACAGCAGCCUGUCUUACAACUAACUCCACAAUCUGAACAAAAAGUGAUACCUCCAACGUCAAACUUGUCCAAAAAAUCAACGAAUAAUGAUACCCCUUUAUCUGAAAAGAAAGAAGAAAAUGAAAACAGUGAAAAAACGAUUACAAAUAAUUCUCAACAAGAACAUGAACAAAAACUUCGUAUUACCGAGAAUAUAAAUCGUUUAAUGUCUACCGUCACUUGUCUUCCAAAAUAUUAUAAAUUGAAAGACAAGAUUGGUGAAGGUACAUUUAGUACUGUAUAUAUGGCAGAAGAUGUUCGACAUCGUUUAUAUAAUAAUGAUGAAUGGAAGGCUCAGUUGAUAACUAGUGAAUAUCAAGAGGCUAAAGUUUCUUUAUUAUAUAACAAGAAUUUUGCAGCUUCUGAUAAAGAAGAUUUAAAUGAGUUUGUUGCAUUGAAGCAUAUUUAUAGUACAAGCAGCCCUAAAAGAAUUGCAAAAGAAAUUAAAAUUUUGAAAAUAUUAAAAGGAAGUAAAUGUAUCUCACCACUUAUUACAGCAUUUAGAGAACAAGAUCAUGUUUUUAUGGUCAUGCCUUACAUCAAACAUGAUGACUUUAGAGAAAACUUUUCUGAUAUGUCAGUGAUUGAAAUCAAAUAUUAUAUGAAGUCCCUGCUAACUGCUCUACAAGAACUCUACAAAUUUAAAAUCAUUCAUCGUGACAUCAAGCCAAAUAACUUUUUAUAUAAUCGUCGGAAAAGGGUGGGCUAUCUUAUUGAUUUUGGUUUAGCGGAAAAUGAAGAAGAAUGUAAAGCUUUAGAUACUAAAUCUGGGAACCAAGCUAGACAACGUUUAUAUAAUCUUGGCUAUUCAAAGAGAAAGACAAAUAGUACUUCUAAUCCUAGUCAUUUGCCAUCAUCUUCCUUAGCUGGAAAGAAUACUGUUGUUUCAACAUUUUCAAACAAAGAAAACACGACUACAGAAUUUUCAUCUACUACUUCAUUACAAACCUCAGCAGUUGAAACAUUAAUCAAAAAACAAAAGCCGAGUUUAAAUGUUAUACCUAAUAUAAACAGUUCACAAACUUCUAUCUCUGAAAAUGAAAGAAAUCAUAAACAAGAUCGUAAGCCAGAAUGUGUGGCAGGUCGCAUUAAAAACGAUCCUCGUAUUUAUAUUCGCGCAAAUCGUGCCGGAACUCGAGGCUUUAGAGCGCCUGAAGUUUUAUUCAGAGUUACGCGACAAACAUGUGCAAUUGAUGUUUGGUCGGCAGGCGUUGUGUUAUUGUGCUUCCUUACUAGUCGAUAUCCUUUCUUCCUUGCAAGCGAAGAAGCAGAGGGUAUUAUUGAAUUUUGUCAAAUCUUUGGUCUAAAAGAAAUGAAAGCUUGUGCAGAACAUAAUGGACGUAAACUUCAUACAAAUAUUAGCAUGCAAAAUGAAAGAAUUCCAUGGAUUCAACUUAUUGAAAAUUUAAACACUCACAACUUAGAACAAUGGGAACCUGUCGAUCUUGAGCAAGGCAUUGAUCUUCUAAAUCGACUACUAGACCUUCAUCCUGAUACCAGAAUAACAGCAAGAGAUGCUUUAAUGCAUUCAUUUUUCAGUAAUAUAUAAUCAUAUCUAUUUAUUAUCUUAUAUCCCCUUUAUUAAUUUU